GCGAGACGCUGCGGGCUUUUAAAACCGUCUUCCUCCUAUAAAUAUUUAUAAAUAGUUUUACCCCUCGGCUUAUGCCGAUUCAUUCGCGCAUCCGAGAGCGGGAACUCGUCCGAGGAAAACUCGAAAACAGAGCAGAUGGCAGCCAACUACGGAGAGAAGAAGGCAGUCGAGGAAUCGCCAGCCGAGAAGGAGCGCGGCGCGGAGGAGGUCGUCUCCGUGGAGCUUCCGGCGCCACCGGGCUGGAGGAAAAAGUUCAUGCUCAAGAAGGGUGGAACACCGCAUAGGAAUGAGAUAGUUUUUAUUUCUCCAACAGGCGAAGAGGUUAAAAACAAGAGACAGUUGGAUAUUUAUCUGCGUUCCCACGCAGGAAAUCCAUCAUCCUCUGAAUUUGACUGGGGAACUGGCGAUACCCCCAGGCGCUCUGCCAGAAUUAGUGAGAAGGCAAAGGCAACAGCGACCCCUGAAGGCGAAAAGCCGAAAAAGAGAGAGAGAAAAUCAAGCUCAAAGAAAGGAGGAAAUAAAGAUAAAGAUAGUGAUGUUGUGGAUGCAAAAGUUGAAGAUACACGUGCAUUUGAUGGAAAAAUGAAAGAAGCUGAAGAUGGUGAGGACAAGUCCAAAGAAGAGGUUAAUUCUGUAGAAAUUGCAGUGAAAGAGGGAGCUGUCGGACAAGCUCCACUGGAUGAUGUCAAAGAAAAAGCUGAAGGGAAAUCCGAGGAGUUGGAAGAAAGCAGUAAGGUUGAUCCUGCUGCAGCAGUGCCAGAGGAAGGUGAUAAGGAAGAGAAGCCUGAAACGGAAAAACUAGUUGAUGCUGAGAAACUGCCUCCGGCAACUGAUAAGAAGGAAGAGGCCUCAGCUGAGACAGAGAUGGACCGCAAGGUGCCAGAGAAUGGAACCCACAAGGAUAAUGAAGCUUCAGUUCCCAAAGAUGCACCUUCUGUGACCUGUGAUGAUGGGCAACAUCAGCCCCAGGCCUCCCCGGUUAAUUGCUGAAACUCAUAAAAGCUAGGUUCUUAGUCUGUUACUCUCUGUUUAAUUAGACUUAAUCUGUACAUAUAGUUGGUGAUGGGAUUUGGCUCAGAGCUAAUGUUGUAUCCUGUUUGAAUCUCCUGUAUGUGCUACUGGUGCUACCUUCUUUGUCACCACUGGGAUGUAAUUUUGGGAAUAUGUUCUGAUACUAUUUACCCUAACAAGUGAACUUAAUAUUCUAGACCUACGUAUUUUGUUUUUCA